AUGUUCUGGGUUCUACGGGUCAGUCUGGGUUCUACAGAACCACAGGUUCUGGGUUCUACGGGUCAGUCUCGGUUCUACGGAAUAACAGGUUCUGGGUUCUACGAGUCAGUGUCGGUUCUACGGAACCACAGGUUCUGGGUUCUACGGGUCAGUCUCGGUUCCACGGAACCACAGGUUCUGGGCUCUAAGGAACUACAGGUUCUGGGUUCUACUGGUCAGUGUGGGCUCUACGGGUCAGUCUGGGUUCUACAGAUUCCUGUGGCCUGUAAGUCGUGUCCAUGUGGCUACGUGUUCAUCAGCAGGAAGCUCCUGAAUGCUAAGCUCAGUGAGUGUACGUCAGCAGCUAUCGCAGACAAACUGGAUUUCAAGCGGCGGAGAACGGAGCGGAUUCGCAGAGAAAGGAUCGGCUCGCCUUUGACCAGCGACUCGGAGAACCACCGACGGCCCCGAGCCAACAGUCAGUCGGAUCCCAUCCGGAGAGGCCGGGGACGGCCCAAGACCGUGGGCCUGAAGAAACAGGACGAUGACAAAGAAAAACAAGAAAAGGAGGUGGACAUCUACGCCAGCCUGUCUGAUGAGAAGGCCUUCGUCUUCUCCGUGGCCUUAGCUGAGAUCAACCGCAAGAUCCUGGGACAGAGACUCAUCUUAUGAACCCAGUUAUUGCUCUUUGCUUCCAUCACAGUCAUUUGAAGAAAGCUGGAUUUUGGACUUGGAUUUAGGAAAGAAGUCCCUGGACCUUAGUAGAUGUUAGACAGAGAGGCUGAUGGGAAAAACCAAAGAUGGUUCCAAGGAAAACCAGGCGAGGCUCCUGGACGAUGGAAAAAUCAUAUUUUUACUCUUUUGGACUUAUUCAAAGUAUAUAUGGAAUAAAUCUGAAUGUUGCAAUGGCCUGGAUUGUUGUUUCUAUAAAAACGUGUUUUUGCUGUAAAUCUGAUGCUAAUUAGCAUUAAUUAGUUUUCACACCUGGAAUAACUACAGUUGUUUAUAAUGUGGAUAUGUGGCAUAUGACAAAUAAAACAAAUC